AUGGAUGAACAUAAAUGCCAUGAAACAGUCCAAGCUGCACCAGAAAGGAAGAAUGAUGUUUUACACUCAGCAUCAGAGCCAAAGACCAGAGCUGGAUUCUUAAAAUAUUCCCAUAAAAUCACACUGGAUCCAAACACAGCGCACAAAGAGCUGUUACUAUCUGAAGGGAACCGAAAAGCAACAUUAAAAGAAGGUGGACAGUUUUACUCUUGUCAUCCAGAGAGAUUCACUGAAUAUGAACAAGUGCUGAGCAAAGAGAGUCUGACUGGACGUUGUUACUGGGAGGUGGAGUGCAGAGGAGGAGUAGUUUAUGUAGCGGUCGCAUACAAGAAUUUCAGCAGAAGGGGAGGCUUAUAUCACUGUGGAUUUGGACUAAAUGAGAAAUCUUGGGCAUUACGUUGUGACACAGACAGUUAUAUAUUUUACUACAACAAAGUACAAACUGUCCUCUCAGGUCCUCGGUCCUCCAGAGUAGGAGUGUACCUGGAUCACAGAGCAGGUAUUCUGUCUUUCUACAGCGUCUCUGAAACCAUGACUCUCCUCCACAGAGUCCAGACCACAUUCACUCAGCCGCUCUAUGCUGGACUUGGUCUUGUGUGUUAUGGAGUCACUGCUGAGUUCAUUCAAGUUGAGACUGAAACACCGGGUGGACCGAGCUUUUGCUGUUGCGGGCCCAAAAUUAAGGAAUAA